GUAGAUUGGUUAGCGCGCAUAUCGUUUCGAAGAUCGAGAUCAAUAAUGGGUUGUAUGUAGACCGUCUUCUGAUCGAGAAAGAAACUGGUCUGGGAACAUGAUGCUCUGCCGAAUUGGAGGACACAGCUUUCGCUGCUCAGCACGGCGGUCCGUUGCUACAAGAGGCAAGCUUGCGGGUCGCAAAUUCUCAGUCUAUACCAGCUCCAACGCGGCUGCUCCUUCGACUGCGUCGCCAUUAGGCGGGCUGACGGUCGAAUUGGACCGUAUCGCGCCUCGGUUUGAAGUGUCUGCCUCUCAGAUCACAAUCCUUGACUCUCCAAGCUCUUUCUACCAGACGUUGAAGGAUAAGAUACGACAUGCGAAGCGGCGCGUCUAUCUAUCUACUUUGUACAUUGGGAAGACGGAAUUCGAACUCAUUGAAACGCUCGACCAGGCGCUUGGCGAAAACCCACGGCUGCAGGUUUCCAUUCUGACCGAUGCUCUGAGAGGAACUCGCGAAACACCCAACCCAUCAUGCGCGUCACUGCUCGUUUCAUUAGUAUCGAAAUACGGGGCAGAUCGAGUGGAAAUACGAAUGUUCCAUACACCCAACCUUACUGGUCUGAGGAAAAAAUGGGUACCACGAAGGAUAAACGAGGGUUGGGGCCUGCAGCACAUGAAGCUAUAUGGCAUUGAUGACGAGAUUAUACUUUCUGGAGCAAAUCUCUCGGAUGAUUACUUCACCAACCGCGUCGACAGAUAUCAUGUCUUCAACUCCAAAGAGCUAACGAAUUACUACGCCCGCAUCCACCAUGCAGUCUGCAGUCUUAGCUUUCAGAUCUUACCAGAUCCACACAGUAACGCAGGAUACCUGAUGGAUUGGCCGGCUGCGAACAUGGGACCUUCGCCACUGGAUGAUCCAGAAGAUUUCAUAUCCUGCGCGUCGGCAGUUCUGCACCCUCUCAUACAACCAUCCGACUCGAAGUCACUCGUCUCCUCGAAUUCCUCAAAACCGACAUAUGUAUACCCUGUAGCGCAGUUUACGCCGCUACUAAAACCCGAUUCAUCUACCGAAUUUCCAGCAGUGACGACGAUUCUCAGCCUUCUCACAAAAUCCCCUUCCCUGGCCAAUUCUCGCUGGCUUUUUACGGCCGGCUAUUUCAACAUCCAUCCUGUGCUAUCCUCCCUUUUGAUAGCAAGCACAUCCUCGACCCCUCAAGCACCCUUUCAGACACAGGGAACUGUCCUCACGGCAUCACCCUGGGCUAACGGCUUCUACGGCUCUCCCGGAAUUUCCGGCAUGCUGCCAGCAGCUUACACUCAUCUCUCUGCACGCUUUCUCGAUAGGGUCGCAGAAGCUCAGAGGACUAACUCAAUUCAGCUCAAGGAGUGGCGUCGCGGAACAGUAGGUGAACCCGGUGGCUGGACCUACCACGCCAAGGGUCUCUGGAUCACACUUCCCAAGGAAGAACACCCCAGCUUAACCUUCGUUGGAAGCAGCAACUACACGAAACGCUCUUACAGCCUCGACCUGGAAGUUGGAGCGCUAGUAGUUACAGAAGAUGAAGCCUUGAAGAAGCGACUAGGUGAAGAAACACAAUGGCUGCAGCAAGAUGCGCAGCCCGUGUCGAGAGAAGAUCUGAGGAGAACAGAAAGGAGAGUUGGAUGGAACGUCCGACUCGCCAUGUGGAUUGUGGAGAAAGUGGGAGGUGCAUUGUGAUAAAAGAAACAAGGCAUAGACAAACCAUUGGUUACAUAUUUGUACAGUAUAUACGUCGAUAGCAACAUCUAGAUGCUAACUUAGUUGUAUGAUACACAUUCGUAUAGUUACUCGGGCUGGAAUAG